GUUGAGGCUCAGAAAGUCCAUAGAAGAAAAAGGCAGUGGCGAAAAAGGCUGCAGUUCAUGUCCAGAGUGUCAGGUCCAACUCGAGCCUCAAAUCCAAGUUUGGGUCAGGGUAACAAUUGUUCGUCAUGCUGAACUCUCUGAGGGGUCUGCUGUCCUUCAGGACUGGGCACAUGACCCGGUCCUUCUCUGACUAUGUGGCCAAGAUGAGGCAUGUGAACAGGUUGAAGGGGAAUGAUGACGCAUGCACAUCAGCCCUGAAAACCGGCCGAAUCUUCUUAUUCCACAAACUUGACCCGCUGGUAAACCGGACAAAAGAAGGAUCUCUCCGAACUGUCGGGCACACAUUCUCCGAGCUUGAGUUGAUUUUAGCGUCACUUGGAGCAGAAAGGGACUUGAUAAUGGACUCUAUUCUAAUUGGCUGUUCUGACCAGACGCAGGCUCAGUUCUGUCUGGACGUUGGUCAGGUUGACCGGACUCAACUUCAGGAAGUGUGCCCUGGGAAGUGCCUGGAUUUCAGGAAGGCUCUUUUCCUCCUGGCAGAAGCAGAAGCACCUCUUGUGGCCAAAGCCCAGGCGUUGCUCCGCUGGCAUCAGAACAACAAGUUCUGCAGCGCCACAGGUCAGCGGACGCAACGUAAUCAGUCAGGAAGUCAGCGUGUUGGUGGUGGAGGCAGAGUCUACUAUCCCACGAUGUCACCGGUCGCUAUAUUUCUCCCGUCGGACGGGAAACGGUGUCUUCUGGCACGGCAGUCGACCUUUCCUCCUGGCAUGUACAGUGCUCUUGCAGGCUUUUGCGAUAUUGGAGAGACCCUGGAGGACGCGCUGCGGAGAGAGGCAGCGGAAGAGGUGGGUCUUGAAGUGGAGGCCGUGACCUACAGCGCCUCCCAACAUUGGCCUCUUCCACACAGCUCCUUCAUGCUGGCCUGUCACGCCUCUGUGAGCCCUGCUCACGCUGAGAUAAGCAUGGACCAAUCAGAACUGGAGGAUGCUCGCUGGUUCACUCUGGAGGAAGUGAGCGCCGCUCUGCAGGUGAAGACCCCCCCCAGCAGGGGAGAGCCCACUGCAAUGUGGCUGCCUCCCAGACAUGCCAUUGCCCACCGCCUCAUCUCAGAGUGGGUCGAGCUGCAGCGAAUCGGUCAGGCACGUCAGGGACCUGUGACAGUCCAACACGAGCCGUGAGCAUCAU